AUGGAUGAAAAUAAUGAGGAAUUUGAAAGAGAGGUAUCCUUACUUGGUAGUAUUAGACAUCCAAAUAUUGUACAAUUUUUUGGAGUUAUCAUUUCUGGUCCUAAAAAGUUUAUGGUGGUGGAAUAUUUACAAAAAGGAUCUCUUGACAAGUUAAUUAACAAUUCACGAAAUGGAACUGAAGUUGUAGAUUUAGAAAGAAAAGUCCAUUUUCUUCUUGAUAUUGCUAAUGGAAUGAAUUACCUUCACAAUUUGAAACCAAAUCCAGUCAUUCAUCGUGAUUUAAAACCAGGUAAUAUUUUGUUGUGUGGAACGGACAGGAACAAAUACACAGCAAAAAUUUGUGAUUUUGGUCUAAGUAAGACAUUAAGCAAUAGUCGAACAAAUUCAGCGACGACGAAUAUUGGAACAUUGUUUUACAUGUCUAAUGAAAUGAUUUCUGGUGACACAAAUUACAAUCACAAAGUGGACAUUUACAGUUUUGCAAUCAUUAUGUGGGAAUUAUUCUUUGAAGAGAAUCCAUAUAUGAACUCAAAUUCGACAAAGCUUUAUAAAUUUGUUAAAAACCAAAAAGAAGAACAUGAUGCCUUGGGAAUCAAGUUGCUCUUUAAGGUCAUGCAUGGAUUGAGACCUGUCAUUCCAUUCAAUACCAAUGAAGAAUUACAACAAUGGGUUUCAGAAUUUGUGAAACCAAGAAAUCCCAAGCUCUCUCAUGAAUCAUUGUGUCGAUUGACGAGUCAAUAUAUUAAUUUAAUGAGAGAAUGUUGGAAUUCCAAUUAUGAUGAAAGACCUGAAUUUAGUGAUAUUUGUAACAGAUUAACAGAAAUGACAGCCAUAGAUUAG